UUUAGUCUGACACAGGGAAGUUUAUUUUAGGCAUAUUUUUUGUUGUUGGUUUUUCAAGGCAGGGUUUGUUUCUCUGUGUGUAGCUCCGGCUGUCCUGGAAUUUGCUCUGUAGAUCUAUUUGGCCUCGAACUAACAGAGGCCUGCUUCUGUCUCCCAAGUGCUGGAUUAAAGGUGUGUGGCACCAUGCCCAGCUGCUCAGCUCCUGUUUAAUACCUAUUGCUUCCUAAAUACUAAAUAUCUAGGUUCUGGAAGAUACAGAAGUCAACAAACCGAACAACAACAAAAAUCCUCAUCCUCCUACUUAAUAUCUGAUAAGCAUAAUGAAAUGCCUGUAAUCCCAGAGCUUGGGAUACUGGGUCAGGAGUAUUAUCCUGAUUCGGGAUGAUCUUGGGGUAUACAUCCCGUACCAGGCCAGCAGAAGAUACAUAGCAAAACUUCGUGUCCAAAAUACAAAAAGGACUGGGGAUAUGGAGCAGUCAAUAAAGGGUUUGCUGUGAAGCCUGAGGACCCAAGCGCAGAUACCCAGCUCUCCGGUCAAGUCUAGGCCAGAGCCCAGGUGGCAGCAAUCCCAACUCCGAAAGGGUGGAGACAGCAGAGUGCCUUUGGACUGGCUGGUCAGCUCUCUAGCCAAACGUGGAAGAGGCUCUCAGGAGGCAAAGCGCAGGGGCUGAGAUGGCCCAGUGGACAAACUGCCUGAGCGGGGGUGCGAUGCCUGUCCUCGAAGCUCUGGGGGAGCACACAGGCGGGAACCACGGGGCCUCGCAGGCCAUAGCUCUGCAGCCUCAAGCUGUUUGUCGCCACUCCUUGGGCAAGCCUCUAAUCUCCCAAAAUAUUUACAUUAUGAUUCAGGGCAGUUGCAAAGCUAGUCACAAAACGGCAACGGUAAGAAUUUUAUGGCUGGGGUCACCACAACAUGGGGAACUGGAUUAAAGAGUGGCAGCGUUAGGAAGGUCGGGAGCCACCGUGGCCUGGCUGAACGUAAGAGAGACCCUAACUCAAGGACAAAGGUGGGGAGCGAGAGAAAGGUCAGGAAGGAAACAGGAGCGUGCUCGGCUCCCGGUGACGUCACGGGUUCUGUGACGCGGCUCCUCUGUGACGGCAACAGCAGCGGGAGGGUCGCAGAAGCUCGGGCUGAGCGGGCCGCGCCGCCCGGGGCUCAGGCAGGGUCCGACCCGGCGGCGCGAGGCAGCUGAGGGAGGGCCUAGGGCUUUGGCUGCGGCGACUUCGGCUUCCCAGGGGGGCAGCCCCAGGUCAGGAUGCGGCGGAGCCCGGCCGCAUCCUCUCACAACCACACACCCAAUUUCUUCAGCGAGAACAGCAAUAGUUCCCACAGCGCGACUUCGGGGGACAGCAAUGGGCUCCGGUCCGCUGGGCCGGAGCUCGGGGAGCCCGAGGGCAGAAGGGCCCGGGGCUCGAGCUGUGGUGAGCCCGCCAUAAGCCCAGGAGUGCCCGGAGGAGACACCUGGGCAGGAAGCUCUCGGCCGAUGCCUGCGCCUCGGAGCCACACUAGGCCGACCGCCUGUGGCGCGGCAACCGUGAGGGGCGGGGCCUCGGAACCGGCUGGAUCUCCUGUAGUCCUGGAGGAACAACUCGGCCUUCUCCCGACCCUGGAUCUGAGGCAGGAGAUGCCUCCCGCGAGGGUGUCCAAGAGCUUCCUGAGCCUCCUCUUUCAGGUGCUGAGCGUGUUGUUAUCCGUGGCAGGAGACGUGCUGGUCUGUGUGUACAGGGAGGUCUGCUCCAUCCGCUUCCUGUUCACUGCUCUGUCGCUCCUGAGCAUCUUUCUGGCAGAGGACGCCCCUUCCCCUCCUUCUCCAGCACUCUGGUGGGGGCUCCUGUACCUGGUCCCUCCUUUGGAGAAUGAACCUAAGGACAUGCUGACUCUAAGCCAGUACCACCAGCGUGUGCAUUCUCAGGGCCAGCAACUGCAGCACCUCCAGGCAGAACUGGACAAACUCCACAAGGAGGUGUCCAGUGUUCGAGCAGUCCACAGUGAGAGAGUGGCCAAGCUCGUGUUCCAGAGGCUGAAUGAGGACUUUGUGCGGAAACCCGACUAUGCACUGAGCUCUGUGGGAGCCUCCAUCGACCUGGAGAAGACAUCCAGUGACUAUGAGGACACCAACACUGCCUACUUCUGGAAUCGCUUGAGCUUCUGGAACUAUGCCCGCCCACCCUCAGUCAUACUGGAGCCAGAUGUGUUCCCUGGAAACUGCUGGGCUUUUGAAGGUGACCAGGGCCAGGUGGUAAUCCGACUGCCAGGCCACGUGCAGCUCAGCGACAUCACCCUGCAGCACCCUCCACCCACCGUGGCACACACUGGAGGAGCCAGCAGCGCACCCCGGGACUUUGCCGUCUUUGGACUCCAGGUUGAUGACAAGACUGAAGUGUUCUUGGGAAAGUUCGUCUUUGAUGUGCAGAAAUCUGAAAUUCAGACUUUCCACUUAGAGAAUGAUCCCCCAUCUGCCUUCCCCAAGGUGAAGAUUCAGAUCCUAAGCAACUGGGGUCAUCCACGUUUCACAUGCUUAUAUCGAGUCCGUGCGCAUGGUGUGCGGACCUCAGAGUGGGCAGAGGACAAUGCCACAGAGGUCACUGGGGGGGCCCAGUAAAAAUGCAGAUGGUUGGAGUAAAUUGAGGUUUGUGCUAACGAAAACUGCAUCAGUGCUGGGAAGUCAUCCUUUGGGGAAAGCUCCCGCUGCCUUGUGGCAUGGCAGUAUGGCAGAAGAUGCCUUUCCACACCUCUCCCCCUUUCCUGGAAAGGCACAGGGACAUACAGUAGCAGCAUCAGGGUCUCCCAUAUGCCAGAGAAGGUUCUGUGGACAUUCUACACUGUAAAUGACACAACUUGAUCCUCAGAGAAGGAAACUGCUCAGGCAAGCCACUCACUUCAGUCACACAACUUGUGGAAAGUAACAUCAGAGUGGCCGUCCUCAAGAGGCCUUCCCUUUCAGCUGGAGAACUACCAGGCAACCGAAGCCAUACUUGUGCCCAAUCCUCCCCCAGUUCCUGGAAAUGACCUCAGUUCCUGCUAGGUAGAGAGAUGGGAAACUCUCUGGCAAACCCUGAAAAGGUAAGAACUGGAAAACGCUAGGAAACAUUUUGAGUCAAAGCUGACUCAGGCUUGGUAGACCCUAUGAAGCUGGUUAUUCCUAGGGCCUAGGGUCACCUGUUCCACCAGAUCUAAGCAUCUUCACUGCAAUGGUAAAAGAACUGGUGGGCGGGAAGUGCCAACAGGCAGUCAAAUAAUUUGAGUUCCUAAGGGUGAAAAAGAGCCUAAGCAUGAGCAGAGAGAUCGCAAGGCCACACGGAGAAAUGCUAUCUCAAAAACAAAACAAAAAAUUCACCAGCUAAGUUUAGAGCUGGUAAGAUGUCUCAGCAGGUAAAAGCUACCAAACCUGACAACUAGAAUUUGAUCCCUGAGAGCCACAUGGUGAAAUGAGAGACAACUUUGCAAAGUUGUCCUCUGACCUCCAUGUGCCAUGGCACUUACAUACAAAAUAACUUAGGUAUAGUAAAAAAAAAAAAAAAAAAAAAAAAUUAAAAGUCAUUAAGAUGACUCAAGCGGGCUAAAGGGGCUUGCCACCAAGUCUUUGGACCUGAGUUCAAUCUCAGGGACACACACAAUAGAUAGCCAAGACCCACAGGAUUGUCUUUUGACCUCCGUGUACCAGGCAGGGUACAUACGCAUACAUAAUAAAUGUAUUGGGAACAAAUUAAAACUAAGGUUAAAGAUAGGACUAAGGGCUUGGGGAUAGUGCUGAUAGCUGUCCAGAAGAAGGUCCAAAGCUUCAAAAUUUCAACAUAAGACGCUUAUAAUUCCGUAAUAAUCAGAACCAAUUCAAAUAGGCAAAAGACUCAUAGACACUUCUUAAAACAUGAAUAACAGGCUAAUGACAUGAUCAACAGCAUAAGUGACUAGAAAAAUGAAAAACAAAACUACCACAAGAUCGUUACAAACCCACCCGUGAGUGGCUAAAUAUGAGACCAAAAGGCCACUCAAGAGGCAGCGGUAGGAGUUCUGUGAGGUUGAGGGCAGAAGAGUCAGUACUAUUCAGAGCAAAGGCUGGUCAUGGUGCACACCUUCAAUCCCAGCACAUGGGAGGCAAAGGCGGUGGAACUCUGAGGUCUAGCCUAGCCUGGUCUACUCUUAUCUCCAAAAAAACCCCAACCAACCAAACAACAAAAAACUAAAACUAAGGCUGGCAGAGCACAAGUUUGCCUAGUCUGUAAGUGGCCAUGGUGUCCUGGGGCUGCAGAGAUGGCUCAGUGGUUAAGAGCCCUGGCUGCUCUUGCAGAGGACCUGGGUUCAAUUCCCAGCACUCACGUGGUAGCUAACAACUGUGUAACUCCAGUUCCGGGAGAUCUAACACCCUCACAUAUAAUGCAAGCAAUAUGCCAAUGCACAAAAAAUAUAAACCAUUAAAAAAAAAAAAGGAAAGUGUUCUGGUUUCAGUUCUCAGGACACAUACAAGGCAGUUUAACCACAGGAAGCAAACUCUCUUGAGAUUCAUCUAAGGCUGGCCUAGAACUCAUUAUGUAGCCCAGGUUAGUAAAGUUCAAGGCGGCACUCCUACCUCAGGUACUGUAGUGCUAGGAUUGCAGAUGGGAGCCGCCUUGAUUGGCUUCCACACACACUUUUAGUACAUGAGUGCAUACCAUUGCUAGAGUGAAGGCCAGACAACUUUGUGGAGUUUAAUUUUCCUUCCACCUUUACAUGGACCCUACAACUAGAACUCGGCUUGUUCAGCUUAUAUGGCAAGGACUUUACCCAGUGGACAGUCUUGCAAGGCCCUCUUUGUUUUUGAAACAGGGUCUUAUUGUAGCCCAGGCUAUUUUCAAACUAACUGUGCAGUGGAAGAU